CGAUUUUUGUAAGGUCCGACCUGCGGUUCUGGGAGUUGGCUGAGAGAGGUUGUCGAGCAUGCUGAUUACGAAUGCAAUGUUAAUGCAACCAUCGCAUUCUUCUUUAUGGCCCUCGUUAACCUCAGAAUCUACAGAACGGUUGCAGCCACUUGGAUAUACUUACGAUUAUCCUCCCUAUCUGCCUGUAUAUGAGCCGAUCUCCUCUACUGGUCUUCCUGCCCGAGAUGAUGUUGACAGUGGACGGACAUUGGAUUUUGCCAGAUCAUCUUUGUCAUCCAUCAGAACUGCUUAUCAGCCUCAUGCGGCACCACCCAGUGGUUUGCAUGGCGAUGACUUGAUUUGGAGGGAUCCAAGUAAAACUCCCAAGAAGUCCGACUAUGACGACGGUGUGGCACUUUGGGGAGAUCCGGAUGUUGUUAACGCACGACCAGUUCACAAUUGGCUUGUUGGAGAAGGAGAAGAUGAGGAUCUUGAGAUCGCUUUGGGUCGUUCACCUUCUCCCGAACUUGGAAAGGAAAACUUUAAGGGUUGUGAACGCGGAGAUUCUGCUGAUGAAUGGCCUUUUCCUUUUCCAAAACCUAUGAACAAAAAGGUUGUUCCUACCGGAUGGAGUGAGGCAAGAGCUGCAGCAAACCCCUUCGCAGCACAACAGGUCGCUGCGACAGAGAUUCCCAGUCUACUGCCGAGCGAUGCCGCUGACGUUUUCGAUUUUCUGUGGCCCGAGAAUCACACUCGAGACUUUGAACGACGUAAACGAAGUCCUCCAACGGUCCAUGCUAUCAAUGAACUGCAAGCGUUGAUUCUUGGUCUUCGCGCUGUAGAAACUGAUCUACAGCUACUUGUCGAUCAAAUCAAGAACGGAGUUAGCCACGAGAUCGCAUGGCUCCUAUCCCACAAAGGAAGGCUCGAGUUUGAGCGUAUCGUUCUCGGCAUAGCGACAAUGAGAACUGACAUCUCAAACUUCUCGAAACAGCUGCAGUCAGCGAGGAACACCGACAUCAUGAACGACUCGAUGAUUCGCCAUGAUCAACCCCUCUAUGAUUUCCAAUUCCCUCUGUGAUCUCGUAAUCUGUAUCUUUCACAGUCAUUGCUCGCUCUCUAUCUGCCAAAUAUUAGUAGUCGCCUCAUCAUGAUAUCUAUCAGUGUUGUGUCCUCAUAUCCUUCAGGCAUCAUAUGCAUUGGGUAAAAUAAUACAUGGUAUAAAUAUGGUUGCU